UCUGGAGAUACGGAAGACCUGAUAUCGUGAGAUCCUGUAUAGGCCUCCAUCCACACUGGGACAUUAACAUCAUCGACAACAAAGCUUACAGGAAACCAAGUAAUUACCGUAACUAUUCACCGGAAGUCAGAUGUCUACUGUACUGCUUACUGUAAGCUGAGAAAUAUCAACUGAAUCUCAAUGAACAAUCACACAGAAUCACAAGUGAUAAAAUCAGAGACAGAUAUUUUCCUGAUAUCACUGAUGAUGGCUUUGUGGAUCCUCCUGAUGGAACCACAGAAACACAUAAUGGUGUGAUAACCUUUAUAUCAGACGGCAUCAGACAUGAAGUCAUGUACGCGUUUGUUACGGAGUGUUUGGUGGAGGACAGUGAUCUGGAGUUUUUCCUGACCACGGCGUCACGUGACGUGAUAUCAGAAUACUGCAGGUCCUGGUGGUAUAAGAGGAGUGAGGGAGAGAGAUGUCUGUAUGUACCGGAGGAGCCGGAGAAGAUGUACGACCUCCUUAUAGACAAACUACAGCUGGACAUCAUCACACACUGUACCUUGUCUGACAGGGGGAUUCAUGACAGGAUCAGUAAACGUUUAAACAUACCGAAGGAAAUUUUGAAAUGGGAUACAAGUGCAAGAAAAAGAUUUGUUGAGAGUCUCCGCCAUGGAAAAGUAGAAAUGUUCCGUGCACGAGGUAUGAUUGUGGGAUGCGCAGGCGCAGGUAAAACAACUCUCCUUAGAAUGCUUCAAAGGAAAUACGCAGAGGGAAAUCAAGCUACAGAGACAACAAUCGGUCUAGAGGUCCAUGAAGACUUAUUUGAAAUUAAAAAUGGCACCUUAUAUGGUAAUUCUUCUCUUAUUUAUUCGCAAUGUUUCAAAUUAGGUUUCAACCGAUUCCAAAUCAUAUGCAUUUAUUUCUGUUGA